CUUUUCAUUAUCGGCGGGUAAGCUCUGCUCUGCACUCGGCCAAGGAAUUUAACACAAGCGUACACACCAGUUUAUCUCUCUCUCUCUCUCUCUCUCUGUGUAACCCCCUUUAUUCUAUUCUUUGUCCGUCAAAUUUCAAGCCUAUUGAUUCUCACACCACCUCUCCUCUCCUCUCCUCUCCGUCUUUGUUUGCAUGACUUCCACACCUCGCAUUUGCUAGUCUUUCCAUAAUCCCAAUUGCUUCUUCUUCUCUUCUCGGAACGCCUCAUAUCUCAGGGAAGGAAAACAAAAUACAAGAUACUAACUCUCAUGGAAGAGAAGCAGUUGAAUUUUAACCGGCCACUUCUAUCUGUGAGGCGUUUCUCAGCGACAACUGUCUCCUCAGAAGCUGAUGACAAAAGGAAGACAGCUAAAUCACAACCAAAACUACCUCCUCUUCCUGCUUACAAGUCAGAACUGAAAUCAGGUCCAGUGAGGAAUCCGGGAACUGUGCCUUUUAUAUGGGAGCAAAUUCCAGGAAGACCCAAGGACGAAAGUAUACCCAAAAAUCAGGAUCUUGAAGGGCCUCUGGUUGCACCAAAGCUUCCACCUGGAAGAGUCUCAAAGGUUAAGAAGCAAGGGUUGGAUAAAGGUUCUAAAGGUACAACAGCUGCUCAAUCCCAAACUGGGAAUGUGCUUUCCAGUUCUCAAAAUAUUUCAGCCUUGGAGAGAAAAGUAGCUACUAAAGAUGAAAGGUCUAAAGAGGGGAAGGAGGGGAGGACUAGUUCAGAGGAUGGUGAUGAGACCUAUUUAGAUGCACUUGAUGCACUUUCUAGAACCGCAUCAGCCUAUAUGAACUGUAGUGUAAGUGGUUUAAGUGGACUGGAUGGUCCAGAUAUCAUACCCUCGGGAACUUUCUCAACAGAUCCACAGACAUGGGAUUUCAUGAUGGGUCGGUUCUUGCCUGCAGCAAAAGCAAUGGCUUCAGAAACACCUCAUAAUGCUCCUAGGAAGCAACCAGUGGCUAGAGAGCAACCUAUUUCCAGAGAGGAACCAAGAAGGGUGAGAAAGGUAGUGACUGGGGAUAAGCGGCAUCAACUUAAUCAAUAUAGGCCACUUUAUGUUCGAGAUAUAGCUGGGGACACAAGUAAGGAUGAAGGGAUGAGAAUGCCUGUGCAAGUACCCAUUUCUUCUGUUUGUAGAGUGCACGGUAACUCUUCUUAUGCUGGUUCUCACACUGAAGCUAAAGAAAAGCAUGCCGGGAGUGGUGUAUAUAAACAAAGAUUAAUUAGUGGUGAUCAAGAAGCUGGGCUGCAUGAAGAUAACAUUGAUUUGAAACAUGAAUCCAACCAGACCAGUAACAGAAGUAAUGGUCUGACAUUAGAUGGGUCAUCAGUAAACAGGCGUCUGCAGGGUAGUGGCAUAUCACCCUACCGUAGGGAAUGUUCUCAGUCUAUCCUUCAUGAUGGAAAAUGUUUUCUUGGUAUUCCUGAGAAAGCUAAGAGUUCCAAGGAGACUAGUAGCUCGGAUAAAUAUAGAAAAGGCCACAGGUUUCUGGAAAUAUUGGCUAGUGAGAAUGCUGAAUGGGAAGCGGGUUUAGGAAGUCCUGUGGUUGAGAAGACACUGUAUGUUGAUUCUGUACAGACAGUAAAAUCUUCAAGUUCAAAUUCAUUUUCCUCAGAUAUAAAGGGCGAGGUAAAGGGACUUAUUGAUUACAGACAGAAUGAUUUGGACAUUCCUGAAAGAAGUGGUGAAAUGGAAGAAACUCCAUUGGCAGAGUCUUCAUGUCAAGAUAUUGAACACUUGCGGUAUGUGAAUGAGAAGGCAGUAGUUCAGUUUAAAUGUUUGGACUUAGAAAACUCCAGUUUCCUGUCUUCUUCUGGCAAAUCAACCGGUGAUGUGCAAACAAUCACAAGAAAUGGUUCUCUACAGGAUCAAAAGGAUUGUAACAAACUGGCAAUCUCAAAAGUGCCCAACCAAGAGGCGUUUAAUUUAGAAAGCCAACAGUUGGAGAAUUCAGAUGAUCAAGAAAAUUGCCAUGGCCUUACUGAGGAAUGUAUUAGGUUGACAAGCGUGAAGCUGGCUGAUGAGGAGAACACUGACUUAGAAACCCAACAGCCUAAGACUUCAGAUACUGAUGACAUUUCUCAUGGCCUAGUUCAAAAUUCUAUUACCUUGAUCAGCUCGAAAGUGGCCAGGAAGGGGAAGAUUGAUUUAGAAAGCCAACGACUUGUGAAACUUGGUAAUCAAGGUAGUUCCCAGGGCAACAAUGCACGACUACCUCUUGGACCUCCUUUACCAAAAUCACCGUCAGAGUCUUGGCUAAAGCGUACCUUGCCUACCAUUUCCUCCAGGAAUUCAUCUUCACAGUCAUCUCUUGGUUCACGCAUUUAUACCAGCAGUCCGGUUUCUAAGAUAUCCUCUCUCGAUCCCAAGUGGGAGACGAUUGUCAAAACUUCUAAUGUGCAUCACGGGCGUUCGCGGUUCUCUGAGGAACUUCUUACACCUAUACCAGAAGCUUAGAUUGAGGAACUCUUAUGUGAAGCUCACCAGCUUAUUCAUUUGCCUUGGUUGGAUGUCUCUCUUGAUGGGCUUAAAGGUCUAAAAUUUUCUUUUUCACUUCUUAAAAGAUUUAAAGGUUACUAUAUUCUGAACUUAGAAAACUGUACAUGACAAGCCCAUCUCUGAUGCUGUAAUUUUCUUGUAAAUCUCAUCAUAGUUUUUGUUUUUUUGAACUUAAAGUUUGUUACUCUACUGGGAUUCUUGUAUAAAGGAAAGCAAUAGCUGUAUUUUGUUUAUAAAAAGAAAAAUUAAUAAAGGGGAUUUGAUUCUA